AUGAACACUGAGAACUACCUAACUGUGGAUAUAUCUCAAAAUAACACUAAUAAUAAUAUAAGUGAACAAUUACUUUCAAAUAGUAGUUCUAUAGUGGAAACUAUAACAUUUCUGGGAUUUAUUGUAAUUAUAGCCAUUACUAUUGGUGGUAAUUUACUUGUUCUUGUUGCAAUCUGUACAAAACAUAAAUUGCGAAGAAAUGUUACAAAUUGUUUCAUAGCAUCCUUAGCAGCAGCAGAUUUACUAUUGGGAGCUAUUGUUAUGCCAUUCGCUGUAAUUGAUCUAUUAAGAUCUAUCCAUAAAGACUGUCUUCCCAAAAAUCAGCAAGAUCAGUAUGUUUUAUGGCCAUUUGGUCAAAUCUGGUGUGAUAUGUGGCACGCAUUUGAUGUUCUUAGUUCAACAGCUUCAAUUUUAAAUUUAUGUGCAAUUUCAGUGGAACGUUAUAUUGCUAUUUCAGACCCAUUUAAUUAUCCUUUACGUGUAACACAUUCACGAUGUAUUAUUAUGAUUAUGCUUACUUGGGUAUGCUCUAUACUAAUUUCCUUUCCAGCCAUUGCCUGGUGGCGACAUUCAAGUAGUAUGUAUAAUGUUUCUGAUAUGCAUAGUGUACCAGAUUUAGAAUGUUUAUUUUCUUCUGACAGAGUUUAUUUAUUCAUUUCUUCGUGUAUUUCAUUUCAUAUACCCUUGAUAGUUAUGAUUUUUGUUUAUUGGAAAAUAUAUCAGAAAGCAAAUGGUCUCAUUAAGACCUUUAACACAGGUAAAAGAUUGAUUUAUCGAAAAUCACUAGGUGGUGAGGCGAUGAUAUUAAGAGUGCACAGAGGCGGUAUAACUAAAACACUGCCGUCAGUCUUGCAACAGGGUGUAUUGCCCCAUAAUCCUAAUACUUCUAUCAAAGUAUCGUAUGUAUCUUCUCAUGAAAUCCUCAACAAUCAAUCGCCUAUAUUGUCGCCAACAGCAAAUGAUGAUAAUAAAAAUAAUCAUGAAAUAUUAGAGUGUAAUGUAGAUGAAAACAAAAAAAAAGAAAAACAUGUUAAAUUUAAUCACUCUAGAAAAUCUCAAUCAAUUGAGGAAAAAAACACUCACUGCACAUUAUUCUCUGGUUGCUACAGAACUAUAUUCAGUCGAUUUAAUGUAAACAAUUCAUUAAUACAAAAGGAUGAAAAUAUAACAGCAACACCUGGGACGCAGCAUGCAGAAGAAAGUUUGCUAUCAUCAAGAAGCUAUCUAAGUGAAAUCAAAAAACGAGUACAACGAUUCACUAAAGAACGGAAAGCAGCUAAAACUCUUGGAAUUGUGAUGGGUGUAUUUGUGUUAUGCUGGUUACCAUUUUUUGUUUAUAACACAAUAAAAGCUGUUUACCCAUCAGUUUUAAAAACUCAAGAGAAUAUAAUUUUUCCACUUGUCACAUGGCUUGGCUAUUUGAAUUCAGGUGUCAAUCCGUUUAUCUAUGCAUAUUCUUUACGGGAUAUUCGUAAAGCAUUUCUUGAUAUUCUGUGCACACCAUGUAAAACACAUUCUAAUUGGUGUCGCACAAGGCUAAACCAAACUAGAGAUACUUAUGUGUCACAGUAUACCGAUGAACCAACAGAUGCUUUAAAAUCUAUUAAUUGUCAGUCUACAAUGUCGCUUGCUAAUGGUUCAUCAUUAUACACAGACCACAAGUAUUCCAUGGAAUCGACAUCUUCACCGUAG